GUCAUCACCUGGAAGUGGCUGUAUAGUGAGGAGCACCAGCACCACCAGUGUGUGUGGGGAGCGGGCGCUGCUCUCAGCCAGCUCCCUGAGUCUGCUAGACGAUCUGCCCUAGGCUCAAAGCUGCUCCACAGGCACCAUGCAGAGUACCCUGCUGUUCGCGGCCAUCCUGGCCCUCAGCCUGGCUCAGAGUUUUGGGGCUGUCUGUGAGGAGUCACAGGAGCAGGUGGUGCCCGGUGGGGGAGAGAGCAAGGACUCAGAGCUCAACCUGCUGCCCCCGUCGUUGCUCCGGAGGCUCUAUGACAGCCGCUCAGUCUCUCUGGAUGGAUUGCUCAAAAUGCUGAGCCAGGCUAGCGUGGAUCCUAAGGAGUCGUCACUUCCCCAGAAACGUGACAUGCAUGACUUCUUUGUGGGACUUAUGGGCAAGAGGAACAUCCAGCCAGACACUCCUGUUGGCGUGAACCAAGAGAACAUCCCCAGCUUUGGCACCCUCAAGUACCCCCCCAGUGCGGAAUGAGAUGCCCUUCCCCCUCCCCCUGCUUCCUGAGCGUGGUUGGAGGGGCUUUUACAGGACAGAAGAUGUGCUUUCAUUGUUUUGUCCUCAGUACUCCUCUUCUGGACUCCUGGGCUGCAUCACAGAGACACCCUGUCGCCCUCCCCUAGGCCCCAGGUGCAUGUGCCCCAUUUCCUUUCUCUUCCCUAUGUUUGUAACACUCCUGUGCUUUGACUCCUUCCCCACCCCUCUACCCUGCCUGGAUGUAGAAACUGCAUAGUGAGCAUCCCCAGUCCCAGCAGGCAUUGACUAUAGAUCCCCUGGAAUUCCUGCAGGGUCCUACGUUAAAAAGAUUACAUCUCUCUAC